AGCAUCUUGUUUUGCCAGCCACAUUCAAAUCUGCCAGGCCCAAAAGAAAGCUCCUUUGGCAUGUACUAAAAUCCAAGCUCUGUGAUUGCCCAUCAAAACAUUGUCUGGGAUGAACUUGAAUGUGAAAUCUUAUGCCACCCAACAUCGCAGAAUCUCAUGAUGUUUUAGACAAGAACAAAAAUUUAAAACAAUGUUUCGCGCCAGACAAACUUUUGCUCGAAUCAAGCUCGCUCCUCCAAGCAAGCAAUUUUGCAACAGCUCCACCAAACUCAACAACAGCAACAAGAGCGUCAGUGAAAAAACAGGAUCAAAUGUGAGCAAAUCCGAUGACGUGUAUUGGCAGCUAGACAAUCUUGACUUCAUGAAAGCUGCUAAAAUCGUCUUCACUGAUCCUCCAAAGAAAAAGAAAUUCGGGCUUGAUUUCCAUCUGGUACAACUCUUCUUCACCUGCUUGCCUUCAUUGGCUGUAUAUUUGGUGGCUCAAUACGCUCGACAUGAAAUGAAAAAAAUGGAUGCGGAACUAGAGAAGAAAAAGAAAGAAGAAGAGGAGAAAGCAAAAGAGGAGGAACUAAAAGCUAUUGAAGAGAAGGCUCAGUCCGAGUCAGAGCUCCUAGAAGUGAAAGAGAAACUAGGUAAACUAGAGGAGGUUGUUAAGGAAAUUGCAGUUGAAUCAAGGAAACGAUCAGGUGGCAGUGUAAAAAAAACCCAGGUCCAGGAAGACAGUAACGAGGCAUUAAAACCCGCAUCAACUGAAGCUAGCAACAGAAUAUCAGAAUCGAGCAAAUCAGUGGGGAAAGACCAUCUUAGCAUACAGAAGUCUCUAGAACCAGCACCAGUUCCUGAUUCUUCUCAGAAGGGAAAGAUCCAAAAUGAAGGAAAUUCUCCGGAUGCCAAGAGAUAGAAGACUUGUUGCUAAAUUCUGUAGAAAGUAGAAGAGUUCAUUUUUUGACAAAGCAUGCUCCUAACACACCAAGCUCGCUUUGCCCAACUAUCUAUCAGGUGUUUCAACUUUAAAAUCUAGCUUUGUAUAGAUAGGUUCACCAUCUAACAGUACAGCUGGAAGUACUUAUUCAAAUGUUUGAAAGGAAGAAGUUUCUGCA